ACCCCGGGGCCGUUUAAAGGCGGCGGCGGCGGCGGCCCGCGCCCAUUGUGCCCGCAGCGUCGCCUCGCGCCCCGCCCGCGCUGGGGUAGCGGCGGCCGCCGCCAUGUACCGCUACCUGGGGGAGCUGCUGGUGUCCCGCCUCGGCGCCGGCUCCGUGCUGGCCGCCGCCGAGCCGGGCGGGCCGGCGGCCGCCGGGGGGGCGGCGGCGGCAGCGUGGGGCGGGGGCCGGUGCCCGCGGCGGCACUACUGCGAGGCGGAGAAGAAGGAGGACGACCCCAACUUCUUCAAGAUGGUGGAGGGCUUCUUCGACCGCGGCGCCAGCAUCGUGGAGGACAAGCUAGUGGAGGGGCUGCGCACCCGCGAGAGCUUGGAGGACCGGCGCCACCGCGUCCGCGGCAUCCUGCGCAUCAUCAAGCCCUGCAACCAUGUGCUCAGCGUCUCCUUCCCCAUCAAGCGCGACAACGGCGAGUGGGAGGUCAUCGAGGGCUACCGGGCGCAGCACAGCCAGCACCGCACCCCCUGCAAGGGAGGUAUUCGCUAUAGUUUGGAUGUUAGUGUGGAUGAAGUGAAAGCCUUGGCAUCUCUAAUGACAUACAAAUGCGCUGUGGUUGAUGUGCCAUUUGGUGGGGCAAAGGCUGGUGUCAAGAUCAAUCCCAAGAACUACACAGACAAUGAAUUGGAAAAAAUCACAAGAAGAUUUACCAUGGAGCUAGCAAAAAAGGGUUUCAUUGGGCCUGGUGUUGAUGUGCCUGCUCCUGAUAUGAGCACAGGGGAGAGGGAGAUGUCCUGGAUUGCUGACACCUAUGCCAAUACCAUAGGACACUAUGAUAUUAAUGCACAUGCAUGUGUUACUGGUAAACCCAUCAGCCAAGGUGGGAUCCAUGGACGUAUAUCUGCAACUGGUCGUGGUGUCUUCCAUGGAAUUGAAAACUUCAUCAAUGAAGCAUCAUAUAUGAGUAUAUUGGGAAUGACUCCUGGAUUUGGGGAUAAAACCUUUGCUGUUCAGGGAUUUGGUAACGUGGGCUUGCAUUCUAUGAGAUACUUGCAUCGUUUUGGAGCAAAAUGUGUUGCUGUUGGAGAGUUCAAUGGUUCUAUCUGGAAUCCUGAUGGGAUUGACCCAAAGGAACUAGAAGAUUUCAAAUUGCAACAUGGGACAAUCAUGGGCUUCCCUAAAGCACAGGCACUGGAGGGCAGCAUCUUGGAAACAGACUGUGACAUUCUCAUCCCUGCUGCCAGUGAGAAGCAGUUGACUAAGGCCAAUGCUCGCAAGGUCAAAGCAAAAAUUAUUGCUGAAGGUGCCAAUGGGCCUACAACCCCUGAAGCUGACAAAAUCUUCCUGGAGCGAAAUAUCAUGGUUAUUCCUGAUCUUUACCUGAAUGCUGGUGGUGUAACAGUAUCCUAUUUUGAGUGGCUGAAAAAUUUGAACCAUGUCAGUUAUGGCCGCUUGACCUUUAAAUAUGAAAGGGAUUCAAACUACCACUUGCUCAUGUCUGUCCAGGAAAGCUUGGAAAGAAAAUUUGGGAAACAUGGUGGAACUAUUCCAGUUGUGCCUACAGCAGAAUUUCAAGAUAGGAUAUCAGGUGCAUCUGAGAAAGAUAUUGUCCACUCUGGAUUGGCUUACACAAUGGAGCGUUCUGCCCGGCAAAUCAUGCGUACUGCCAUGAAGUACAACCUGGGUCUGGACCUGAGAACAGCUGCCUAUGUCAAUGCAAUUGAGAAAGUCUUCAAAGUAUACAAUGAGGCUGGUCUGACCUUUACAUAAAUAGGCCUUACGGUUCCUUAUUGUAUACCAUCUUCCUUGCCGUUAAUGUACCUUCUUCUUGAAAAAGCUUAUCAUAAGUUUACAUGUAACCACAAAAGUUUCUUUUCUUCUGACAUUAUAGUGGAUUCUAUUCUCAAUUAGUUUCAGUCCAAACUAGUUUUUUUAUAUAUAAUAAAAAUCCAUGGAUUAGGAUAUUGUAUACAAGUAUGUAUCUGAAGAUAACUGUUCAUCUGCACUUGUGGGGGCCAUUCUGGGUAUUUCACCUACAAAACAAAAUGGUACAUUUUAUGUAUGGAAGAGUGGUCUCACCACCUGGGCCACUUUUGAAACUUCAGAUCAGAUACUGUACUAGAUGAGCGUUUAGCUCACUAUUACUUCAUGCACUUUUGUUUGAUUAUGUAAUUUUGGCUUUGGCACUUUCAGUAAGGCCUUGUAUGAUCAAUGCUGUGGCAUUGUCAAAGGAAGAACGGGCCUCCAGCAGGGAUUAACUUUGAUAGGAGUCUAAUUUUUAUUUGUAGUAAAGCUUCAGGCCUGAUUCUCUUUAGGCAAUGUUUUUUCUUCAACUGUGCUGCUGUUAUAGGACUGCCUUUAAUUGCUUGUUCAAGCUAGCUUGACUUUCACAAUGAAGUAUGUAGAGAGGUGACAGAAACUAGUAUUUUUGUAAGCUGAAACUAUCAGGCAACUCUAAUUUGGUUAUGUUCUUAAUCAAGUAUCUAUGUAACUACUCUGACUAUAGGUUGUUUCCUUUUUUUCUUUCUUUUUUUUUUUUUUUUUAAAAGGGAUGGUCUGAAUUCAAUAAGUAAUCCUACUCUAAAUUUUUAACAUUAUUUUUCAGUCUUUUCCUUUCUAAGGCUUUCUGAAAAUUAGAUGUUGUCUCAGUGAACAACUGAAGUGAAAUUGAACCCAGAAAUAGUUGGCCAAACUACAGAGGAGCUAAAAUGCUGCUAUGAACUUAAUCCACUGUCUUAACACAGAGCCUUCUUAUUUUUGCCGCCUUAUUUUUUUGUCAUCUGGAGGUCUUGAACAUUUUGAAUAUGUUCAAAUGCAACAAAAUGAACCUUGACACAAUAUUGGAUCAAGCACAGUUUUUAAAGUUUAAGGCUUUUGUCCAGUGGAGUCCCAUUGAAGUGCCAGGUGUUAUUUAUGUAAUGAGUAUAAAUGUUUUUUUUAAGAUGACAACUCGUCCCUCCCAGAAACUCAUACUUUUUUUCUAACUACUUUGUAACUGCAUGACAUAACCUGAUGAGAAGAGCAGUUAUUAAAAAAAAUGUUGACCUUUCCAAACCUACUAUGCUGGUGUAUUACUGUUUUCUAUUUCAUAUACUAAUAGCUUUCAGUAAUGCCAAACAACUUGUGAAUCUUCACAGCACCUAUAUUUAUUCAUUACAUGACUACUGAUAAUAUACUCUGAGUUAUCACAAGGCGCUCGCUAAAACACAUCUUUAUCUCAUGAACUUGCCUGUUAACAAGACUUCAGAAGCUGGAUUUGUUUGGUAAAUCAUUUCAGGUCUUUGCUGCGUCUCUGGAAUUUGUGUGAAGAACUAUUUUAGUAGUUAGCAUAGAGCAAUAAACCUGUGUGAUGCAUUUAA